AUGGCAAUCACUCUGCAGACAGUGUUGCCGCAAAAGGUGCUGCCUCGAGCGCCGAGCCCGAACGCAUCUUCACCCAACCCCGGCAUCCGUUCGACCAUUACGCAAUUCAUUCCCGCCUCUCCUGAUGCCAGUCUGGACAACGACCCGCUCACCGCUCUCACACAAGAGCCUGCUCUCAUCGGUUCCGCUCUGGCAGACGGCGGCAGCAGCACCAGACUCGAUUCCAUGCGAGCCAGCAGCAAUGGCUCACAGGAUCGCAACGAUACAAGCAGUGCCGUGCCUCGGCUCAAGAGCCCAAAGCUAGGUUCGUCAGAUGGUAGAAAAUCAAUGUCGGCGGGAGCGGGCUCCCGUCGCGGCAUCGCCCAUAGCAGUCGCAUCCUCGGUGUCGACAAGAAUGCGAAGGAAGCGAUUGCACUGUCCCAACUCACCAAUGGCAAAGUGGACGUUUCGUUCGAAGGAACUGUGGACGUUUCGUUCGAAGGAACUGUGGACGACGGGCGAAGCAAGGGCAAAGGCAAAGGCAAAGGCAAGGCACAUGAUGGCGACAUCAACGAGAGCGGAACCAGCCAGACUCCGUUGUUCGAUAUCGAUCUCGAGUCAGGACAGCCAACAGCUUCGAGCUCUUCCAAUACCUCGCGUGCAGGGCGACUGUUGCAGAUGCGAUCGCACUCGAUGCCUUGGAUCAAGUCCAAGUCCAAGUCGGGCUCUGUGCCUGCAUACCAGGGAUCAGCCGACCACACUCCCAACGCAGCGGCGCCUGCGCCGGACUCUAGAGACGACUCGCUCGACUUCCACCGUCCUCCAAAGACCUACAACCACCCUAGAGCAGACUACAGCGGCGACGUCGACGGAGAGGACGACGAUUACCACGCAGAAUCGGGUGUCUUUGAUGCCGACCGCGAACAGCUUCUGCAUGGUGGAGGUGACGAUGCGGGUCGUCCAGGCUACUUUGCUCCGGACGAUCGAAGCUUUGGCUACAAUUCGCUGGGCGGUGGCGCUGGGCUAAGUGGAUUCGGUGGUGCGGUCGGGUUCGAGGCUCUAACAUGGAGGGAAGGCGGUUGGAUGGUGCUCAGCGCCAUUGCAGUUGCGAUCCUCAUGGCCGUAGCCAUCUUGAUCAGCAUCGAUGUGAUAGACUGGCCCGGUGAUGGGAUCGGCAAGUACUGA